ACCAUUCCAGUGUUGGUAUUUGGCCGAAGAAACUCGGAGACAGACGCAGCGCUGCAGGACAUCAGGUAUACUAUCUAAGAUGAAGCUGAACGUGUUGUUGGGGGUCGGAGCUCUGCUCGCCGUCUUCCUCCCUCGCUCUGCUGACUGUCGACCAGCCGACGCAGACGCUGCUGUCGCCACAGCAACAGGCCAACGCCGCCUGCCGCUGAUGCUCCCCCGGCCGCUGCUGCUCCACUUGGGGGAGGAAUUCUCCCUCCGGCUGGGGGGAGGCUCUGCUGCUUCCUCUCCUUCUAUCCCUCCCUCGUCCUCUUCCUCUUUCUCUUCCUCGGCUGUUAACGUGGCGCUGCUGCGGCUGACGCAGCGCCUCCUGCAGGUGCGCGCCGAGCAGCAGACACGCGCCGAGCAGCAGGAAGAGGAGAAGGAGAAGCGGUCGGAGGAGCCUCCCAUCUCUCUGGACCUGACCUUCCACCUGCUGAGAGAAGUUCUGCAGAUGGCACGCGCUGAGCAGCAGGCGCAGCAGGCCGACAGCAACCGCAGGAUGAUGGACACGGCCGGGAAAUGAUCCGGGACACUCUGCACGUCCUGACCCUCGCCGUAACACAGGGACUUUCUACUUCCUGUCCAAUGUUUUUAUCAUUUUAUGGUUUUCAUUAAAGCUGCAACUGCUGAUUAUUAAACUGAUGUUG